AUGGUUCAAGGAAAGACCAAAGGGCUUCAAGCCAAAGCAUCUUCAUCUAGACAUGCUGCAAAAGCCGCCGCAAACACAAAGAAAGGGAAAAAAUAUGUCGCUCCGAAAAAAGCGAUCCUUGUGAAGCAAGCCGCCAUGCAUAAAGCUCUCAGCGCCAAGAUCAACAAGUCAAUAGAGCAGCAAAUGGUCUCAGCUGCUUCUGCAGGCAAACUGACAAUAAUGAAGCACACUGCACCGGAGCCUGAUAAGGGCGGGAAAGUGGGGAAAUCUUGA